AGGGUACGUAGUGAACCUCCUUAGUGAACCUCCUACCUAGACAGCAUUUCUGGAUAUCGUUCGGAACUCCUCACGAAGUUUAUCAACAACAUUUUUAGCUCUUAGUAGUGUUCACACGCAGCCAGUUGAACGCGAGCUCGUGCAGUAAACGCCUCACUUUAAAGCUGGAGUUUUAAAUCAGUUGGUUCUUCUGGUGUUUCAGAUGUUACAGUAACUGUGCUGGAAAACAUCGCAGUCUGGCAGCCACACAAACAAGAUUCAGGUGCUCCUCUGAUGUUCUCCAUGAUGUGAUGAAGUGACUUAUCAAGCAUCAGCCUUCAAGUUACCCACAGUGAUGCUCUUGACACUUUCAGUGAACCAGUCAGAGGCGAUCUGAGACUCAUCUGUUAGCAUCACUUACUCCGAAGCCGUUCAUCAUGAUUGACCUGAGUUAUCUGACAGAGGAAGAGCAAGAGAUGAUCCUGGCAGUGCUGAAGAGAGAUGCAGAGCUUAAGAAGCUGGAAGAACAGAGGAUCAAGCAGCUUCGUAAGACUGAGCGAGACAGAAGCAGGCUGAAGUACUUGACAGGGGAGUGGUUUUAUGAGACAAAGAAUCACAGACACAGAGACAGGAUCCAUGGCUCCGACAUCAUCAGAGCGUCCAUGAGAGAGAAGAAACCCGUGACGAUAUUGGAGCUCUCUCAGAGAUGGUCGGAGAAACCCAGUCGUGCUUAUGGUGAGAAGAAAGAUGUGUACAUCCCUCCAGAGCUUUUAGGACUCAUUGAUGAUCCAUCCACACAAACGCACAUCGAGAGGGUGGAUGAUGAGUUGCCAGAAGCCCAACAGGACAGACAGAGACCUCAAAUCAAGCCAAGGAAGAAUCCAUUCAAUAGUGUGCAAUCACAAAGAGAUGAAGCCAGACUUAUCAAUGGAGUUAAGGAGGCUGACCAGACACCUGCUGAGGAACCUUUCCUUCCAGCUGAGAACUACACACUCCAUCACACUACUCUAAACACAGACCACACUGACACCCAUAUAGUCACACAAUGCAAACCUUGCAAGGACUCUUCCCUGGACACUGCCAGCAGUUACAAUGGAGUCAAACAGGUCGUAACCCCUGCUCCCAAAGGCAUCCUGAAGCACAACAUCUCCAGCCAUAGCUCUACUGUCUCCCUGCAUCUCCACAUUCCUAUCAGUGAUGACAGCAGCAGCAGUCAGUCGUCAGCUAUGAUCAGCCCUGUCAGUCCUGAAACUCCCAUCAGCCCUCCUCUUUCCCCCUGCUCCGUGCACUCUGCGUCAGAGUGUUUAGAUAGAAAACAGGUCCGCUUCUCCUCUGUCGAUGGGCCCAUAGAGAGAGUACAAGGAGAGCACAGUGUGCUGGAAGAAGACUGGAGUCCUAUGUCGGACCAGGAUAGAAGCCAUAUCACAGACAAUGGUUACCAUGAGGUUUAUGGUGAGCCUCAGUCCUCCCAGGUGUCUAACUUCCACGACUCUACUGAAGUCACAGGUAAGGCCAUUGGGUUAAGUGCAGAGGGCCAGACUGAUAAGCUUACAGUGGAAGGGGGUCGUUCGUUUUCUAAGGUACUUGAAUGGUUUGGGAGAAGUUCUCUAGAUGGAAAGCCGAAGGAGUUGCCAGUUAAGAAAGAGGUUAACGAAGAGGGACCAAAAGAUCAUAAAAACCCAGAAGCCAAGUCGGAAGAUUUAGUGCCUCCAGUUGUACAGCCAAAGAACAAGCCACCGUCAAAGCCACGUAGAGGGCUUUUUGCAUUGUUUUCAAGAGCAGAGAAAAAAGACUUGUGUUCUGAAGUUCAAGCAUUUGAGAAAGAAGAGAUAAGUCAAGAUAAAACAGAAAGUUCAGAAUAUAAUACAUCUUGCACUUUGAGACCUAAAAAUUAUGAUAUACUUCCACAGACCUCUGUUUCUACAAACAGGAAAACUGCAGAAAUACUGCAGGAAAAAACAGACAAACCAAUAUGCGAAGAUCCUCCACAAAAAGAGACAUUUGACCAAGGUGAAAUAUCACCGAGAAUACUGGCCAACCUGAAGUCAUCCUGGGAAAGGGGUAACAGUGGGCCUAAAAUACUAAGCAUCAAAACAGAAAGUGAGAACUCUAAGCUUAAUGAGAAUUAUCACAAUGCUGUGGACAGAAGAUUGUCAGAUUCAAGCAUCAGCCCAUCAAAACCCAAGCCCAAUGAUCCAAAUCCAGUUGAUAUAGAAUCUACAAUUUGUGAGAUUUCUCCAGUCUUACCUAGAAAAUCAUCCAAUGAUGUUGAAAUAUCAGCUGUAUCCUCACAUGAAGAUUUGAAGCCUUCUAGUUUGGAGAACAAUAGGGUCUCAGAAGUUUUAAGCAGCGAACUACAAACUCUCACAACAAAAAUGAAUGGCAAAUUGUCACCCAGUGCAUUGCUAAAACACAAAGAUAAAUCUCUGGGUAAUGAGCUACAAGAAGAGUCACUCUCCAGGGACAUAUCUGACUUAAAAAAUGAAAUCUCCACCUUCAAAACGACCCCAAGUCAACAGGAGAAUAAAGUCUCGAUUAAUUUUUGGGAGUUAGAAAAAAGUGGCCUUAGAGUAACUGUAGGCUCACCAACAUGUACAGCUAACGUUAAAGAUCCAUCCCCAGAGUCAUCUCCAAAACGUUCUUUAGUGGAACAUUCUGAACUUCAGUUUGACAUCAGAUCAAUCAACCCAAGUUCCCCAGAGAGAAUGAGUUUCAAUGAGGCUGCUUCGACACAAAAAGAGAAGAUGGAACAGACCGAGGAAAAACAGAGAAGUCCAAAUACAGUGCCAUUACCAGACCUUCAAGAUAUCAGAGGGGACAGUGAGGAUGACAGCCCUGUCAAAGCUGCCCUUGAGCGGGCCAAUGCCAGACCCAUCUCUAUUUCCAAAAGUCUAGAGGACCUGUCAUCCACACCUUUACAAGAGAGAUGGAAGACUGAUCCGAGGAGUGACGUUAGACUGAGUAUGGAAAAUGUGUCUGCAGUCACUUCAAACACCAAAACAUCUUUCUCCGACCCAGAACAGGUGAAGAUGAUGAGUAUGUCUGUGCCUGCAUUCAUGCAACAAGAGAUGGCUUGCAGAAACAGUGACUGUGCCAGUUUCUACUAUGACGGACUGAGAACAUGCAACACUCCUUCUAAUUUUAGCACUUGCUCUGAAGGGGCCUCCAUGUCCUCUGUUACUGGUAGUGUAAUGAGCAUCUACAGUGGUGAGUUUGGUCAUGUGGAAAUCAAAGGAACAAUCCAGUUCGCCAUUCACUACGUGCAAAAACUGGGAGAGUUCCACAUCUUUGUUGUGCAGUGCAAGGACCUCGCUGUGGCGGAUGUUAAAAGGAACCGAUCUGAUCCGUAUGUUAAGUGUUACUUGUUACCUGACAAAGCAAAAUAUGGAAAGAAGAAAACGUGUGUGAGGAAGAAGACUCUAGAUCCAGCUUACAAUGAAAUCCUACGGUUUAAGAUUCCAUUGGAGACGUUGAAAACCCAGAAGCUGAACACCUCUGUGUGGCACAAUGAUACGUUCGGGCGUAACAUGUUUCUUGGAGAAGUUGAGCUCGAUUUGGCUGAAUGGGAUUUCAGUAAUACUCAGAUGAAUGAAUAUUUACUCAAAGGAAGGGUUCAGGUUCCCACCAGCCCAAAACAUUCUGUCGGCAGCGUGGAAAUGAGUGCUGAGAUUAAAGUCGCUCUGCGUUUUGUCUCACAGACUUCUCACAAUCACAAAAACAAGGGGAAUGGUGAGGUGCAAAUAUGGGUGAAAGAAUGCAAGAAUCUGCCUAUUACCAGAGGUGUUGCCAUUGACCCCUUUGUGAAAUGCGCAGUCCUCCCAGAUGCAAGCCGAAAAAGCCGUCAGAAGACCAGAGUAUUGAAGAGGACAUCUAACCCUGUGUUUAACCACACCAUGGUGUAUGAAGGUUUCAGGCAAGAGGAUCUCAAAGAGGCGUGUGUGGAGCUUACAGUGUGGGAUCACGACAGACUCAACAACCACUUCAUUGGGGGUAUUAGGCUGGGUCUUGGAAAAGGUAAAAGUUAUGGCACUGAGGUGACUUGGAUGGACUCUAAUGUUGCUGAAGCAGCUCUGUGGGAGAGAAUGAUGCAAUCUCCGAACGAAUGGGUGGAAGAUAUUUUACCUUUGAGAAUGAUGGUCAUGGCAAGAAUGUCUAGAUAGUUAGAAACUGAGACAUGGUGACACAUUUGAACAAAUACAUGAAAAUGGUUGUGAACAUGAAGAAUGCAUUAUAUAGGAAGACAGUAUGUAAUGUUAAAUAUAUAGGAUCUAACUUGAUGGUUUCUUGACAUUUUUGUUGAGGAAAACAAAGAGAAUGACAAAUAUAAUAUGCCUGUUAUUGUAAAGUAAGUGGAUUUAAUGUCUUGAAAUAAAAAUGCCUGUUUAAAAAU